GGAUCCGCCACCAGCAGCCUGACAGAUGGAUAACUACUCGACUUUACAACUGCAGUGUCUGGAAAUGACCACUAAGCGGAAGCUGAUUGGCCGGCUGGUGCCGUGCCGUUGUUUCCGGGGCGAAGAGGAAGUGAUCUCAGUGCUGGACUACUCCCACUGCAGCCUGCAGCAGGUCCCCAAAGAAAUCUUCAGCUUCGAGAGAACUCUGGAGGAGCUCUACCUAGAUGCCAACCAGAUUGAGGAACUACCCAAGCAACUCUUCAACUGCCAGGCCUUGAAAAAGCUGAGCAUGCCUGAUAACGACCUGUCCAACCUGCCCACCACCAUUGCCAGCCUGGUCAACCUCAAAGAGCUGGACAUCAGUAAAAAUGGUAUCCAGGAGUUUCCAGAUAAUAUAAAAUGCUGUAAAGGUCUGUCUGUGGUGGAGGCCAGUGUCAACCCUAUCACCAAACUCCCAGAUGGUUUUACGCAGCUCCUGAAUCUGACCCAGCUCUUCUUAAAUGAUGCCUUCCUGGAGUAUCUGCCUGCUAACUUUGGCAGACUCUCCAAACUACGGAUCCUUGAGCUGAGAGAGAACCACCUGAAAACCAUGCCAAAGUCCAUUCACAGACUGACACAGUUGGAGAGGUUGGAUCUGGGUAGCAAUGAAUUCUCUGAGCUGCCAGAGGUGCUGGAACAAAUCCACAACUUAAAGGAGCUGUGGCUGGAUAACAACUCUCUACAGUCUAUACCAGGGUCGAUAGGGAAGCUUCGUCAGUUGCGAUACUUGGACUUAGCUAAGAAUCGCAUUGAGACGCUGGACACGGAAAUUUCAGGCUGUGAGGCCUUAGAGGACCUGCUGCUGUCCUCCAACAUGCUGCAGCACCUUCCUGACUCUAUAGGAAUGUUGAAGAAGUUGACAACACUGAAGGUAGACGACAACCAGCUGACCUCACUGCCUAACACAAUCGGGAGUGCGAAGCCCAAGCAAGGUCUGUCUCUGUUGGAGGAAUUGGACUGUAGUUGUAACGAGCUGGAGUCGUUGCCUCCCACCAUCGGCUACCUGCACAGCCUGAGGACCUUCGCUGCCGAUGAGAACUUCCUCACAGAGCUGCCCCGGGAGAUCGGUAACUGUAAGAACGUGACGGUAAUGUCACUGCGGUCCAACAAACUGGAGUUUCUUCCUGAUGAGAUUGGUCAGAUGACCAAACUACGAGUCCUCAACCUUAGUGACAACAGGUUAAAGAAUCUACCGUUCACCUUCACUAAGCUGAAGGACCUGGCAGCUCUGUGGCUUUCUGACAAUCAGUCCAAGGCUCUGAUCCCUCUGCAGACAGAAGCCCACCCAGAAACCAAACAGAAGGUUUUGACCAACUACAUGUUUCCUCAGCAACCGCGACAUGAUGAGGAUUACCAGUCGGACAGCGACAGCUUUAAUCCUACUCUGUGGGAGGAGCAGAGACAGCAGAGGAUGACUGUGGCCUUUGACUUUGAGGACAAGAAAGAAGAGGAGGACAACUCUGGGAAGGUCAAGGUGGAGAUAAACCUGAAGCGCUACCCAACACCCUACCCCGAGGACCUUAAGAACAUGGUCAAGUCCGUGCAAAGCCUUGUGGGCAAAAGCGUGCACGCCGGACACGGGCACCAGCACCAGCUGAGCACAGGCACCGCCACCUCAGCAGGAACCAACAUGGAGCACACACACCUCAGCAAAGAACCGUAUGAGCCACCGUGGCCCCUGCCACCUAAAGAGGUGACAGACAGAGAGAUGCAGGACUUCUCUCAGUCUCAGCUAAUGGAUCAGGGAUCGAUGCAUAACUCUGGCAUCGACAUUCCCAAGAGGAAAGACAAAGAGGAUCUGACAGAGAGUUCAGAGGACUCGAUGGGCGGCUCCCCCAAUGACAUCCGUAUCUCUGACAUGAGGCCCACCCUGGUGGAGCCCCCGAUGUACAAGCCCAAGGUGGUACUGCUGGGCAAAGAGAAGAAAGAAUCUACAGAUGAGGAGAUGGAUAAGCUCCACUGUCUGAACCACAGCGGCUCCUCGGCCACCUACUCCGACUACUCUCCCUCGCAGGGCUCCUCUGGCUCCUCCAACCCGCCCGCCAACGCACACUCACACACACUCUCUCACACACACCCACACACUCCCGCCCUGCCGGCCCCCAGCAAGGACCAAGCCCCUCAGACACACUGGACCAACAGACUGGCUCAGUCGUUCCCUAAGCCUAUUGACUCCAAGCCGCUGCUAUCUCAGAGAGAAACCCCUCCAUCAGGAACCCUGCAGCAGCGUGGGGACCGACGCCCGCUCAGCGAGCCUUUCGACUGGUCUGAGGCUCCUCACUAUGACAACACGGGUUUCGAUGCUGAGGAGUCUCCUCUGGACCCUCCGUCAUCCACUGCCAGUCAGGGAAACCCCCCACUGGGCUCCAAACCCCGCAGCCAGUCGACACACGGGCGGCGCCCACUCCUCAGGCAAGAGCGAAUCGUGGGAGUCCCUCUGGAGCUGGACACCCAGACGCUCCCCUUCCACAGCAAUCAACGCUCCACGCCGGACAACGACCCACAGUCCUCUGCACCUCCCCAGAAUCCUUGGCAGAAUUGGACCCGAACCCCCAGCCCGCUGGAGGACAGAACCGCUUUCCCCUCCAAGCUGGACCUGACGCCCACCUCCAGCCCCAACCCUGACCGCAAGGAUCUAGACUCAAGACUGGAACAAGGAGCAGGGCCUUUGCCCGGCAGCUGGACGUACCACGACAAUCAGGGGGAGCAGAGCAGGAAGGAUCAGCUCAGUGUCAGCGGGGGCAACAAGGUGACGGUGGUGAUGAGUAAAAGCUCGGACCGCCUGUCCCCCAUGAUGAAAGAGACGAGGUCCAAGUUUAAGAAGUCACAGAGCAUUGAUGAGAUUGACAUUGGCUCCUACAAGGUCUACAGUAUUCCCAUGGACAGCUACAGUUCGUCCAUUGAGCAGCAGACCAGUUUGGACCGUCCGGAACUGCCCGGGUCCAUGGAGCCGACCAGCAUGGCUCGAUCGCAGUCUGCCCCCAUGUUAGACGAUGAGCUGGGCUUCCCGGGACAUGGAGCCGGCAACCAGAACCAGCUAGGACAGAACCACAAACCUGCUAUCCCACAGAAAGCCUACCACUUCGACCAGAACUACAAUCCCCAGGUGACCAUGGACCGUCGGGUCCCCCCCCCCUUUCCCAACACACCAGAUUAUAUCAACCAUGCAUCGAAGGCCUUGGAGUACCUAAAUCAGCCAGGGAAGACAUUACCGAAGGAGUUAGUGAGCCCUCGGUAUCGUGCGUAUCCACCACUGGAGAUGUUUUCUUUUCCCCAAUCGCCAAUCAACCAGGAUGGACUGCCCAGCCAGCAGCAGCAGCCAAUCCCAACACAGCGCUCCAGGCCAGGGUUUCUGAGGAGAGCGGAUUCACUGGUGAGCUCUACAGAGCUCGCUUUGUUCCGCAGAGUCCAUGAAGCCCAGCAGGAGGCGCUGCAGGAGGCUCAGUACAGACAGCAGGCGGACCCUCCUCUUUAUGGUCGGGCUCUUGCCUACUCCACCCCCAUGGAGCACUCUGCUCUCGCCAACAUGGCCGACAGCCAGAGCCAGAUGCUGCACAGCAAGAGAAAUGGUCGCUAUGAUGAUGACUAUCCCACCUACCAGGAACAGAAGAAGCCCAUGAUUGGUUAUCCAACUAAGAGCCUGACUCAGCGCCGUCCCCUGUCCGCCAGGAGCUACAGCACUGAGACCUACGGAGCAUCUCAGGCCCGUCCAGUGUCAGCUCGUCCCACCAUGGCCGCCCUGCUGGAAAAGAUGCCCCCAGACUACACCCUGGCCACCUGCCCUGAGAAACCACCUGACGACACCAUCAAAGUAAGACCUGUCGCACCACAGAAACCCGAAGACAUCACCUCCAAGAUGCCUGCCGAUUGGAGGCAACAGCUACUCAGGCACAUAGAGGCCAAACGAUUGGACAGGAGUGGUGUCCUAAAGCACAACACGCUCACGCUGGGCAUGCUCUGUCAGGGCGGGGGUCACGGCCAGGGGCGCAGCAGCACUUUGAACUUUAACCUUUACAAUAACACUAAGCAUGAGCCCCCUGCUGGCCGCUGGCUGCCACUACCUCCUCCUCCACCUGCUAACGCUACCCCCUCUCAGCAGGCUGCCAUGCUGGAUAAUGACCAGGAGGGGGUGUCAGGGAGCAACCAGUGGGUUCCCUACUCGCUUGGCAGGAGGGACGUCCCACCUGACAACCUCAUGAAAAAGGGCACCCACUCCCACAACGCUUCCCACCAAUCACACAACACCAUGAUCGUCACCUCCUCCUCCUCCUCCUCGGCCGCCACGCCUCACCGUGUGGUCGGGCAGCAGGGCUACGACGGGAUGAUGAACAAGGGGGGCCAAUACCAACCGGGGAUGCCCCUGUCAGUGGUUCCCUCUGGGGGGCCUGGGCAGUACCAAGGCAACAUGUCUCAAGCCCUUCCCAACCCUGGUCAGGCUUACCCCAGCACCGGGCUGCCCAUGGCCAUGUCCCCAUCCGGCAACCAGCCCCAGUACAACCCCCACACCUCCCACACCUCCCAUCAGCCCUCCCUCCCUGCCACCAACCCCCAGUACCACGGCAACCAGGGCAUGGUCCAUAGCAACCAGGUGGUCAUGACCACCCACACUAACCCACGGCCUCAGAGCGCUCGCUGCCUGUUGCAGACUAAAGGCCAGAAGAGUACGGACGGUUUCCAGGAACAGGUAUCUUUGUGUGUGAGAAUAGAGAAGAACCCUGGCCUUGGUUUCAGUAUCUCUGGUGGCAUCAGUGGCCAGGGGAACCCUUUCAAACCCUCCGACAUGGGUAUCUUUGUUACUAGGGUACAGCAUGACGGGCCCGCCGCCCCCGCCCUGCAGCCUGGAGACAAGAUACUGCAGGCUAACGGACAUAGUUUUUUACACAUGGAGCACGAGACAGCCGUCUCUCUGCUGAAGAGUUUCCAGCGGACGGUGGACUUGGUGGUUCUGAGGGACAGCAGCAUGCGCUAAAAAGUAGUUUUAUAACAAACAAACAAACAAACAAACAAACACAACACGGCUUCUUUUUCUCUGCUCAUCGCCAUCCCGCGCCACCCCACCUGUCCUCCGCUGGAGGCUUGUGGAACUGAAACGUGAGCCGCCUUUUUUUUACCUUUUUAGGGGAACACACAGACAUUUAUUUGCCUAUUGCUGGACCAAAGGCAAAUACUAGUGCCAAAUGUACCGUAGGAAACAUAUCGGCUCUUCUGUCUACCGACGGUCAGGGACCUGAUCGGCGGCUGGAUGGACCACAGGAGGACUCUCAACCUGGAGUCCCUACAGGGCUGCUGCAGUUUGGAUUUCUUGGUUGGUUUGUUAAUUAGGCAGUCAUUUGAUCGGCCAGUCUGAGUAGUUUGUUUUUAUAGGGUUCUGGGGUAUUUUUGCU